UACUUCCUCAGAUUUUUUGGUUAGGCCAAGGAAUCUCGUUAUUGUGUCGCAGUACCUAGAGUUUCUUUGACUGUUUUUGAUCAUACAUCGGAAUUCGGGUGUCUUUUAUGAGUAAUCAAAGGCAGCAGAAGCCUACGCUAACAGGCCAGCGUUUUAAAACUAGGAAGAGAGAUGAAAAGGAGAGGUUUGACCCUACCCAAUUUCAGGAAAGCAUCGUACAAGGUCUGAAUCAAACUGGCUCUGAUUUGGAAGCUGUAGCGAAAUUUCUUGAUGCCUCUGGCGCAAAACUUGACUACCGUCGCUAUGCUGAGACACUCUUUGACAUCCUGGUGGCUGGCGGAAUGCUGGCCCCUGGGGGAACCUUGUCUGAUGACUUGACCCGCACAGAGUUCUGUCUCUUCACGGCACAAGAAGACCUAGAGACCAUGCAAGCAUAUGCACAGGUCUUUAACAAGCUUAUCAGGCGUUACAAAUACCUGGAGAAAGGUUUUGAGGAAGAGAUUAAGAAGUUGCUGCUGUUUUUAAAAGGAUUUACUGAGUCUGAGCGCAACAAGCUGGCCAUGCUGACUGGCAUCCUGUUGGCCAAUGGAAACAUUUCGGCCUCCAUCCUGAACAGCCUCUACAAUGAAAACCUUGUCAAAGAAGGGGUCUCUGCAGCAUUUGCUGUGAAACUUUUCAAAUCCUGGAUCUAUGAGAAGGACAUCAACUCUGUUGCAGGUAGUCUCCGCAAGGUCGGCAUGGAUAAUAGGCUCAUGGAGCUAUUUCCUGCCAACAAGCGGAGCUGUGAGCACUUCUCCAAGUACUUCACCGACGCCGGGCUCAAAGAGCUGUCAGACUUUGCCAGGAACCAGCAGUCCAUCGGGGCCCGGAAGGAACUCCAGAAAGAGCUGCAGGAGCAGAUGUCACUUGGGGAGCCAUUAAAAGAUACCAUUGCCUAUGUCAGGGAGGAGAUGAAGAAGACCAGCAUCUCCGAGCAGACCAUGAUCAGCAUCAUCUGGAGCAGUGUGAUGAGCUCUGUGGAGUGGAACAAGAAAGAGGAGCUUUGUACCGAACAAGCCAUCAAACUCUUGAAGCAAUACAGUCCCCUGCUCAAGGCCUUCACCUCCCAGGGCCAGUCUGAGAUCACCCUGAUGCUCAAGAUCCAGGAGUAUUGCUACGACAACAUCCACUUCAUGAAGGCUUUCCAGAAAAUUGUCGUGCUGCUUUACAAAGCGGAUGUCCUGAGUGAAGAAGCCAUUCUGAAGUGGUACACUGAAGCUCAUGUUGCCAAAGGAAAGAGUGUUUUUCUGGAACAGAUGAAAAAGUUUGUGGAGUGGCUCAAGAAUGCUGAGGAAGAAUCUGAGUCAGAGGAGGAAGAGGCAGACUGAAGUCCUCAGGCCAACCAAGACUCGACAUUUUUAGGCUAACUAACGUAGCACCUGGAGCAGUAUAAUGUUUUGUUACAGAAGUGCUUGUUUUUAGUUAUUUACUUUCUUUUUUCUUUUGUAUUCUACCUCCUCAACUCGAACCAUAAUGUCUAGGUGUAAUGUAAGGGCUUUUACAUCCUAUCCAUUUUAAACAUUUUGUUUUCUAUUGGAACUAAUAAAGUUUACACUUCUUAUAAUAUGAAUCACGAGUAUACCUCCUCAUUGAAGUGAGGACAUGUUGCCAGAUUUGAGGAAAUUUAUCCAACCCCACUUUUCUAUGUAUUUUUGUUAGUUUCAGGACUUCCUUAUAAACUAGAGCAUUGGAAUAUCUACAUUUCAUUUAGACACCUUUGGUUGUGGAAGUCUGCCUGAGGCUAAUGCAUAAGUAAGAACUUUGUUUUGCAACAACUAAUGAUGGACUAAUGGGAAAAACGUUAUUUUCUCCUUUUUGCCAAUGUGACUUUUCCCUUCCCUAAUUUCAUCUCUCCUCCUUUGGACCUUAACCAGUCUACUGCAAUGGUGCUGGUGGCAUUGCCCAUUGAAUUGAACUGUAAUCGCUAUUUACUUCAUCUGUAACAUACUGUGCCAGCUUCAAGAUUAUAAUUUCUUUCUUUAUCCUGUUAUCAAUUUGACUUUUUAAAAUAAAAGCAAUUACUGGUUGUCA